AUGGCGAUUCACAAACUAAUGGUAUUUGGAGAGGCAUUGGAUGACAGAGUUCGACGACGAGCUACGAGGAUCGACGGUAUCGAGAUUGGAUCGCUGAUGGUCUAUAUCAUUGCCAACAUCUUCCUCGAAGAAUUCGAACAGCUGGCUAUUCAUUCCGCCACCCGACAACCCAAACUUUGGCUACGAUACGUCGAUGACACAUUUAUCAUUUGGCAGCACAGUAAGGUGCACCUAGAUAGUCUUCUAGACCACCUGAACUCUCAGCACGGUGCUAUCUUGUUUACCAUGGAAGAGGAACACAAUCGCUCUUUACCUUUCCUUGAUGUUUUGGUCACCAGGCAGAACUCAGGCAUUUUAUCGCAUUCAGUCUACCGCAAACCAACUCAUACCAACAGAUAUUUGAAUAAACGCUCGUUUCACCACCCAUCUACCAAGAAAGGAGUUUGCAACACACUUAUCAGAAGAGCACAAAGCAUCAGUGACCGCAAUUCCAUCCAGAAAGAGAUGCAACAUGUAAAGGAAGCCCUGAAACUCAACGGUUAUCACAUGAGAGAUUUGAAAAUACACAAACGCAGCAAUAGCCAAGAUGACACGGAACCUAGAAAGUCUGAUAAGCCACCAGCAAAUAGCCAGCCAGGAGUUUAUCGGAUACCAUGCGAAUGCGGAAAGGCUUGCAUUGGUGUAACAGGUCGUGAUCUCCGUACCAGGCUCAAGGAACACCAAGGCCAUGCCAGGAGAGGGGAACAACAGAAGUCAUCUAUAGUCAUGCACUCCCACACACAACAACAUCGUGUAUGUUGGGAUAAAUCUGAACAUACACGACUAAACCAGACCUAA